AUGAUCCAGGAAGGGGAGACGCUCUUGAUAUGCUCCGAGUGUGGGAAGAGCUUCAACCGGAGCACAAACCUGACUCGGCACCAACGGAUCCACACGGGAGAGAAGCCGUUUAAAUGCUCUGAGUGCGGGAAGAGCUUCAGCCAGAAGAUGAACCUUACGCGACAUCAGAGAGUCCACACGAGGGAUAAACCCCAUGAGUGCUCGGCGUGUGGGAAGAGCUUCAGUCAGAGCACAACCCUGAAAAUACAUCAGAGAAUCCACACGGGGGAGAAACCGUACACAUGCUCCGAAUGUGGGAAUAGCUUCCGUCAGAAGAUAAAUCUCACCAGGCAUCAAAGAGCACACGCGAAAGAGAAACCCUGCAAAUGCCCCGAGUGUGGCAAGAGCUUCAGCCACAGCUCAAGCCUCAAUGACCAUCAGAGAAUCCACACAGGGGAGAAACCUUACAAAUGCCCCGAGUGUGGGAAGAGCUUCAGCCAGACCACCAGCUUUGCAUACCACCAGAGACUUCAUUCUAGAGGGAAACCACACCAAUGCCCCGAGUGCGGGAAAAGCUUCAGCCAUUGCUCAAACCUUAACGAACAUCGGAGAAUCCACACAGGGGAGAAACCGUACAAGUGCUCUGAGUGCGAGAAGACCUUCAGCCAGAAGAUAAACCUUGCGAGGCAUCGGAGGGUACAUACAGGAGAGAAACCAUAUCGGUGCUCGGAGUGCGGGAAGAGGUUCAGCGACGGCUCAAGCCUUAGUGCCCAUCAGAGAAUCCACACCGGAGAGAAGCCGUACAAAUGUGCCGAGUGUGGGAAAGGCUUCAGCCAACUCACCAACUUCACUUACCAUCAGAGAAUCCACACGGGGGAGAAACCCUACGAAUGCCCAGAGUGCGGGAAGAGUUUCAGCCAGAAGAUAAACCUUAUUAGACAUCAGAGAGUGCACAAAGGGAGGGCAUCCUGA